GUACUCUACAGAUACAUAUAUUCCAUCACAUAUCGUUAUAUGUAUAUGAUUAGUCACCUUAUUGCCCAGGUCAAGGGCCAGGGUUAACUAUGCUCUUAGAUGUUUCUAUGUUCGCGUCUCAUUUAUUAGGUAUUACUUCUCUACUAUGAAGGAAGCAGCUUAUUUCCCGGUUUUUAUAUUCAUCUUUCUGCCUCUAACCUUAGUUCCUCCGAUCAUCUCCGGUCAAUUAGUUACGCCCCUCAAUGUUCGCGAUGAGCUUCUGCGCGUCUUGCUUGCACCUGAUCGGAUCGCUAGCCUUCUCUCUGAUUUCUGGAUAACACGAAGUAUGACAAUUGUAUGUAUCCUCGAUGAUGCUAUCGACAUCCGAGUCCGAUACAUACGCGUUUUCCUGGCUCUCCUUCUCGAAAUUGGGCCCGCCUGACGAGCCACCGCAAUUAAUAUUAGCAGGCAUGUUUGCUGUGUCGUUUAUAUAAAGUUGAAAGUAGGUAAAUAUCGGGGUUGUAGUAUAAAGGUUUGGUGUAUGAUCCUUUUGAUUGUAGUGGUCGUGGUUGGUCUAUUGAUAUUUCACGAGGCGUUGAAAAUCGAAUUGGAA